UCGAAGCGCUUUUGACGUGACCGACAAGUCUUGCGUAGCGGAGCAGGAUGGAAACACCGGCUGUCGAGUCCACAUUAACAAACGAAUAGUCAUCGCUUUAAAGCUCGACAUGGGGAAAGGCUGUAAGGUUGUGGUGUGUGGUCAGACAGCGGUUGGGAAAACUGCCAUCCUGGAACAGCUGUUGUACGGAAAUCACAGUGUAGGCUCAGAGUCCAGUGAGACACAGGAGGACGUGUACGUGGCCUCAGUGGAAACUGACCGAGGCGUGAAGGAACAGCUGAGGCUCUAUGAUACCAAAGGUCUUCACGAUGGGCAGGACCUCCCUAAGCACUACUACUCUGUGGCAGAUGGCUUCGUCCUUGUUUACAGUGUCGAUAGCUUGGAGUCUUUCAAGAAAGUGGACAUUCUGAAGAAGGAAAUAGACAAGUCUAGAGAUAAAAAAGAGCCACGUUUCCGUGGAGACCUCCGGCAUCUCUCCUGUCAGGUAAUGGUCAUCGUACUGGGGAAUAAAAGCGACCUGCAGGAGCGGCGUCAGGUGGAGCAGGAUGCGGCGCAGCAGUGGGCGCGAGGCGAGAAGGUGAAGCUGUGGGAGGUGAGCGUCACCGAACGCAACUCACUCAUCGAGCCCUUCACCAUGCUGACCAGCCGCCUCACGCAGCCUCAGAGCAAGUCCGCCUUCCCUCUGCCUGGACGCAAAAGCAAAAGCACCCCGUCCAACGACAUGUGAAGUGUUAAUAUCACCAGCAGAAUGACUUUGGCUCAUGCUGCGUACAUUUACACACAUUCAUCUGCUUACAUACAGUUAAUCUCCUUUAAAAAUGCUGGUCAAACUGUUUGCCUUAGAAUUACUUAGCCUAGCUUAGCCUAGAGACUGGCUUUAGCCUGGGUUUGCCAAGCUGACUCAUCCGUUCCAUCAUGUUUGUUUGCAGAGAUGUAAAACAAGGGGGGCUGAUUUUAACUGGUAGUUAAAUGUUUAUUUCUGGACGAACACCUCUAUGCAGCAUCUCUCACUGAAAACAGCUUUUAAGACCUGAACAGGCACAAUGCCAAACACAGCGACACUGAUGUGACCCUUCAGCAGCGCUGACAGCUGCAGAUUCCCUCAGGAAGGUUCCAGACUGAGUGCAAUGACCCACAAGUACCAAAGUGGCAGCCAUCAUGACAGCUGGUUGGAGCCACAUCAUGGUUUAGUUUGAUUCUGCUUGCAGGAUGACUGCCUUCGGGAGUCUUUACCAACUCAUCUGGCCAUCUUACACAUGACAAUAUUUGCUUGGAUCGAAGAAAAAGGCUUUUUAAAAAAGUAAUUUAUGACCGUGAAGCAGUUUCACACAGCUAAGGUUCAUUCAUUCAUAUGGAGCUGGAACAGGAACAUAUGUUUUGUAACUUGUAUCUGCACUUUUAUAAGUAACAAGUACAGGUACAGAUACAAUAUGAGUAAUAUUCACAUUGAUUUAUGGAUUAAUUCAUUCAGACAAUAAAAUUAAACAAUUACAAAACAUUUGUCCCACAUUUUACACACCUGCUCAGGAACCACUUUAACCCCUAACCAAUCAGAGAGAGAGCUGACCAAGCCCAGUGCAGCCGUCAUGGCUGUCUAAAGGUCAGUCGUUUAUAGAAACGUGAAGGUUUCCUUCUG